AUGGCGGUCGGGGUAGCCUCACCGGCGGUAGGGCACGACUCGGCGGCGAACGGCGGCGGAUCGAGGGAGGAGGGAGCGGCGCCGGCAGAGGAAGGGGCGCUGGGAAUGCGGGUAGAUGGGAACAGGGUGGCGGCGCCAGUGGAUGGGGCACCGGCGGCGGCGGAGAUCGCCGUGGAAGGGGAUGAGGCGGAGGAGGAAGCGGACGAGGAGGAGGAGGAGGAGAAGUGGCUAGGACAAUACUCCUCUACGCAGAGCAUACCGCUCGUCGGCGACGGGAACUUCUCGUUCUCGCUGGCGCUGGCCACAGGGUUUGGCUCCGGGGCCAACCUCGUCGCCACGUCGCUCGACACCUACGAGGCUCUGCGCAAGAAAUUCAGCAAAGCCGAGUCUAAUAUAACGGGCCUGAAAACUUUGGGGGCUACUGUUUUGCAUGGCAUUGACGUGAAGACAAUGAAGUUGCACACUGACCUGAAAAACAGACGGUUUGAUCGGAUUGUCUUUAACUUUCCUCAUGCUGGCUUCAAAGGAAAAGAGUGUGAGGUGUACAUGAUCAACUUGCACAAGGAACUGGUGAGGGAAUUUUUCCGCAAUGCACGCCACCUACUUCGGCCUUAUGGUGAAAUCCAUGUUAGUCACAAGACAGGAAAGUGUUACGACGAAUGGGGUCUUGAGGAUCUAGCGGCUGAGUUUUCGCUUAUUUUGGUUGAGAAAGUUGGUUUCCAAAUGGAAGACUAUCCCGGUUAUCGCCAGAAGAAAGGAGAUGGUCCAGCCUGUGACAAACCUUUCCCGCUAGGUAACUCUUUCACAUUCAAGUUCAAAAUUGGAGACUUGAAGAAGCGGAAGAAACGGAAUGGGAGAAGGGCUGGAGCAAUCUCAUCCGUUGGAGGCGACACAAGGCCAUGCCAUCCUCUUCCACUUUUUCAGCCAAGGUCUGGGCUACAGUUUGUUCCACGAGCUUACACAGCUCCGGUGCCCAUGACUCUGCCAUCUCAUGUAGUUGAUCAAAGGCAACAGCCAGGUAUGCCACUAAGCUUCGUUGGCAUACCGAGGGCUCCUUAUUUUCAUCAACCGGGCACUGCCCGUUCACUGCUCAGCACUCCAGGGUCAUCGCUGAUGAAUGCUUUGGGCACUCCAGGUCGCAUUCCUUCACCAAUGGGCAGAAUCUCAAGCCCCAGCUUGCUUGCUCCUCAGCGGCAUCCACGGUAUGAAAGGAGAAUCAUUGCUGAACCGCUAGGAAACAACACUGACUACUUUGCCUGCGAAUACCGAAGGAGUUUGGUCAGGGAGUACGGGAUGCAGAUGCAACUAAUGCCCGAGGGAACCAGCUUGAACUAUUAUGCCUUCUUGGAAGCCCGCCAAUGGGAGUCUCUUCAGAGACAGGAUCGGCUCCGCAGGAUGAUCGCAUACGGUUCCCAGUGGGACGUCGUCCAGACUCCAUAG